AUGGCUGACGAAGAACAUCACGAACAGUUCGAGAGCGCCGGAUCCGGAGCCUCGCUCACCUACCCCAUGCAGUGCUCUGCUCUCCGCAAGAACGGCUUCGUCGUCAUCAAGGGUCGCCCCUGCAAAAUCGUCGACAUGUCCACCUCCAAGACCGGCAAGCACGGUCACGCCAAGGUCAACCUGACCGCCAUUGAUAUCUUCACUGGCAAGAAGCUCGAAGAUGUCUCUCCCUCCACCCACAACAUGGAUGUCCCCAACGUCAGCCGUAUCGAGUACACCCUCAUCGACAUCACCGAUGACGGCUUCCUCUCUCUUAUGACCUCUGAUGGUUCCAUGAAGGAGGAUGUCAAGGUUCCCGAAGGCGACGUCGGCUCCGACCUUAGCAGAGACUUUGCCGAUGGCAAGGAGCUCAUUGUCUGCGUCAUUUCUGCCAUGGGCGAAGAAAUGUGUGUCUCUUUCAAGGAAGCCCCCAAGUCCUAA